UGUUCGACUUGCCUGGGAGACUUCAGCCUGUGGCUUCCUGCAGCCUGCAAAGCUGGAGCUAGCGCCAUGGUGGGCCCCCCAAGGAUGCUGCGGAGACAGAGCUGGGCGCUGGUGCUGGCCGUGGGCAUCGCCCUCAGCUUCAGCCUCUCUGUGCUGUGGAGGCUUCAGAGCCAGGCGUCCCAGCCCAAGACAGCAUUGGCGGCCGGCAAAGGAGUGAGGCUGGACCCCAAACAUCCCUGCCGGACCAUGGACCAAAACAGGAGCCCCAUCCCCGAGGCCCCGGUGAUGGGGGCAGAGCAGUGCCGGGGGCUGAUGCAGAACUGGAGCGCAGGGACCCUCCCCGCCAGGCUGGACCAGGGCUGGAUCUUGAGGCAGCUGAAGCUGGUGCAGCGCUGCCCCUGGGUGCAUAACGCCAGCGCCCUGGGCCAGUACAGGGAACAGCUGGGCAGCUCCUGUAACGCUUCAGCCAACCUGGUGCUGACCCAGAACAACACCCAGCUGGGCUCCCAGAUCGUCUACGACGCUCAGCGGGACAAGAAGCAUCCAGUGAAGGAGGAGCUGCUGGAGAUGCUGCCGCAGGGCUCCCCAUUUCAGGGCGCUCCCUACGAGUGCUGCGCCGUGGUGGGAAAUGGGGGGAUCCUUCGUAACAGCAGCUGUGGCUCUGAGAUCGACCGCGCCCAGUUCGUCAUCAGGUUCAACCUGCCCCCCAUGGACAAUGCUGACGACGUGGGCACCAAAUCGAGUGUCAUCACCAUGAACCCCAGCAUCCUGCACGCCCGGUUCAGGGGUCUGAGCCGCUGGCGCCGACCCUUCGCAGAGGUGGUGGGUGCCUAUGGGGCCCCGCUGCUCCUCAUCCCGGCCUUCAGCUUCGUCGGCCAGAGCACAGUCUCGUUCCAGGCACUCUACACCCUGGAGGACUUCGGCUCCCCAGCCCGCGCCAUCUUCAUGAACCCCGAGUACCUGGCACGGCUGGACGGGCACUGGCGUUCCCGUGGCCUGCGCGUCAACCGCCUCUCCUCGGGCUUCAUGCUGGUGAGCGCCGCCCUGGAGCUGUGCCAGCACCUCACCCUCUACGGCUUCUGGCCCUUCCCCACUGACCCCGAGGGGCGGCUCCUGCCCCACCACUACUACGACAACCAGCCCCCCAAGCCAGGCGUUCAUGCCAUGCCCGACGAGUUCACCCGCUACGUGGGCAUGCACAUGCAGGGCGCGCUGCGGCUGCAUCUGGGGCGCUGCCAGUGAGGGCCUGGCCGGCAGCCACAUACAACGAGCUGCAGCGGUGGCAUGGCUGGAUGUCGGGGAGCCAGGGGCGGUCUCCUAGCCCCGCGCUGGGUCCAGCUCUUCCCAGCAUGGGGCUGUAACAAUGCUGUUUCUGGUGGGACCCAACUGAGAGUGCCAAUUUAGGACACAUCGCUCAGAGCAGGGCAGUUACAGCCCAAGGCUGGGGGUUUUCCACGUCUAAGGCAAACCAAACCAGCCAGAUGGAGAAGACUUCGGUCUCACCCCACUGGCUAAUCACAAGUCAUGUAAGCAAUUCCCUUAGACACUCCAGUUUCCCAGUAUCACCACCAGUGCCACUCGUUAUGGGGACGAAUAGUUAUGGAAACCAAUACCCCAGUAAAAGAAAAGAGGUUCUCUUGAUCCCAAGCCCCAGACCCAGGUCAAAUGCUGCUAACUUAGAUCUUACCCAAAAUACACGCUUCUAGUCAAUUCUUGUUAACUAAACUAAACAUUAUUAAAAACAAAAAGGCAGAGUUGGUUGAAAGAUC